AUGGCCAACGGUGAGGAUCAGCAGCAACCUGGCGCUUCAGCUGUCCCAUUUUCGUGUGCGUUCUUAACUGCAACGAAAUAUCAGGAAAUGAAGGAUCAUUUUCGGCUUGCUGUACAGAAGAGAGAAAAUUGCGUUUUUUCCGGCUCUGAUGCGGUUAAUAUUAUGGAGAAAUAUCUGCAAGCGGAUCGUGAACACCUCUCCUCUUCCGCCAUAAAAAGGGAAAACGCUUUGAAGGUCCUGGAGACAUGGUUGCGUGAAAAUGUGAUUCGCCCAACUAGCUCGUCCGUAAGAGCUUCUCCUCCUCUUUUCAGUGAUAGCGAAAAUGCCAUGUACACAAUGAAUCCAGAGCGAGAUCAUAACCCUAUUGUUCCAUGGUUCCAAAUUGCUAGAAUUUGUGCUCCAACUCUUUAUUUUCAAUCUAGUGGAAAGCCAGAUAUUAAGGAAAUUCACAAAUGGGCAAAAUUAUCCCUUGACGCUGUUAGUGAACGAUAUGCACUAAUUACACAUCACGGGUCCUCGCCACUUAUUCCAAAGGAGUACUCUGUUGUUCUGGACGCAAUUGUGAAACAAUUGCUGGGUAAGAACCAGCAGAAGUCCAAACUGGCUUUGCAAUAUCUCUGCCUUAUGAUUCCUCAGCAGAUGCGUGAUCAUCUCAGUAAUGUUGUCCAAUUUCUUGAGAAGACUACAGGGACCGAUCAGUUUGUAUCACUGCGUGGCCUGCAUUAUUUGGGCAUAAUGGGCGACAACGACAAUUUCAGAAUUGCUCUCAAUGAGUUGAGGUGCUCUAUUUUCCCACAAACAAUUGAAACAUCUGAACAAAACGAGAUUAUUGAGUUCCUAAUAGAAUUCCGAAAGGAAGGCACUUUCGGGAGGCCACCAGAAGAAAUGCAAACCGAUCUCAGAGCCUCGAGAGGGAAUGCAACCAAAGAGAUGAUGUUGUCUGUCCGAUUCUGUGCAGCUGAAUCUUCGCCUGAGAAUUUUGAUGCUGAAGUAGAAAUUGCUAGUACUCUAGCGGCUAUUAUUGACGACUUUCAAAUAUCUCCUGCUGAAAAGCAAAAGAAGUGUGAACUUUUCAAGCAACAGCAUCCAAGGAUUUACCGGAAGUACUUCGCUCAUUUGUCUUGGUAG